GAGUUUCAACUGUCAUCUAAAACGCUGGUCCACUCCUAUCCAGGUGAUGGCGGUAAUGCGCCGCAUUGCUGAUUUCCCGGCUUCCUGUCAGAGCAAAAGCGAAGAAGACUUUGACGAGGAAGACCGAUGUUUGUUGUGCUACAAUUAGCAGUAUGCCUGCUGAACGCAAGCGCUCGAUAAACAUGGAUGAGAAAGAAGUCAGCUCUUUCUCAUCAAAGGAGAAGGAGAAAGAGAAAGACAGAGAAGGCGAUAAGAGGCCAUCAUCUGCUCGGGACAAAACAAAGGAUGAAUCCAAAGUGCUAAGUGGUAAAAAAGACAGCGGGAAGGAAGAGAAGAGGAAACGCCAAGAGGAGGAAAAGAAAAAGAAAGAGGAGAAAGACCGGCGUAAGAAAGAGGAGGAGAAGCAGAAGGCUGAGGAGGAGCAGAAGCAGAAAGAAGAGGAGGUAAAGCGACAGCAGGAGGAGCAGGAGAGGAAGGCACAGGAAGAGGAGGCCAAGCGACAACGUGAAGAGGAAGCUGCUCUCUUAAAGGAAAAGGAGGAAGGUCAUCAGCUUCACCAAGAGGCAUGGGAACGCCAUCAGAGUCGGAAAGAACUCCGUCACAAGAACCAGAAUGCCCAUGAGGGUCGACCUGAGGAAGCCUUCUUCAGCCGCCUGGAUUCCAGCCUUAAGAAGAACACCGCUUUUGUCAAGAAGCUCCGUACCCUCACUGAGCAGCAGCGGGACUCGCUGUCCAAUGACUUUGCCUCGCUAAAUCUUAGCAAGUAUAUCGGGGAAGCCGUGAGCUCUGUAGUGGAGGCCAAGUUGAAGAUCUCUGAUGUUGGCUGUGCUGUACACCUGUGCUCCCUCUUCCACCAGCGCUAUGCUGAGUUUGCGCCGCUCCUCCUGCAGGCGUGGAAGAAGCACUUUGAAGCACGAAAGGAAGAAAAAGCUCCCAAUGUGAGCAAGCUGCGUACAGACCUGCGCUUCAUUGCUGAGCUCACCAUCGUCGGCCUCUUCACUGACAAAGAAGGCCUGUCACUCAUAUAUGAGCAGCUGAAGAACAUCAUUGGCACAGACCGUGAGACCCACACUCACGUGUCAGUGGUGAUCAGCUUCUGUAAGCACUGUGGCGACGACAUCGCUGGCUUGGUGCCCCGUAAGGUGAAGUUGGCUGCUGAGAAGUUUAACUUGACCUUCCCUCCGAGUGAAAUAAUAAGCACAGAGAAACAGCAGCCGUUCCAAAAUCUUCUGAGAGAAUACUUCACCUCUCUGACCAAACACCUGAAGAAGGACCACCGGGAGCUGCAGAACAUUGAGCGGCAGAACAGACGAAUACUUCACACCAAAGGGGAACUGAGUGAGGACCGUCACAAGCAGUAUGAGGAGUUUGCUACUUCCUACCAGAAACUGCUGGCCAAUACUCAGUCGUUGGCUGACCUCCUGGAUGAAAACAUGCCAGAGCUACCACAGGACAAGACCGUGCAAGAAGAGCAUGGCCCAGGCAUUGACAUAUUCACCCCUGGGAAGCCUGGAGAGUAUGACCUGGAAGGAGGAAUCUGGGAAGAUGAAGAUGCCCGUAAUUUCUACGAGAACAUGGUGGAUUUGAAGGCCUUUGUUCCUGCUAUCCUGUUCAAGGACAACGAGAAGGGUGGUCAGGGCAGAGACAAGGAUGAUACCAAAGAUGGCAGAGAAGGGAAGGAUGGUGCCAGCACCACUGAAGAGCUGGAAAUGGAGCUUGAAGCUUUGGACAUAGCUGAUGAACCUCUUGAACUUGAGGGACAAGAUGAGACAGAAAAUGAAGAGCUGGCCAAGAAGUUGAUGGACGAGCAAGAACAAGAGGAUGAGGAGGCCAACACCGGCUCACAUCUGAAGCUUAUUGUUGACGCUUUCAUCCAACAGCUGCCCAACUGUGUAAACAGGGACCUAAUAGACAAGGCAGCCAUUGACUUCUGCAUGAACAUGAACACCAAAUCUAACAGGAGGAAACUUGUGCGAGCACUAUUCACCGUCCCCAGACAGAGGUUGGAUCUUCUUCCGUUCUAUUCUCGUCUGGUGGCUACUCUUCAUCCCUGCAUGUCGGAUGUGGCGGAGGACCUAUGUUCCAUGCUCAAGGGAGACUUCAGGUUCCAUAUUCGGAAAAAGGACCAGAUCAACAUUGAGACCAAAAAUAAAACAGUGCGUUUUAUUGGGGAACUGGCCAAGUUCAAGAUGUUCUCAAAAACAGACACACUGCAAUGUCUGAAGAUGCUGCUGUCUGACUUCACGCAUCACCAUAUUGAAAUGGCCUGCACCCUGUUGGAGACCUGUGGCCGCUUCCUCUUCAGAUCCUCUGACUCUCAUCUUCGCACCAGCGUCCUCCUGGAGCAAAUGAUGCGUAAAAAGCAGGCGCAGCACCUGGACGCCCGCUACGUGACCAUGGUGGAGAACGCCUACUACUACUGCAACCCUCCUCCCAUUGAGAAAACGGUGAAGAAGAAGCGGCCACCGCUCCAGGAAUACAUUCGCAAGCUGCUGUACAAGGACCUGUCAAAGGUCACCACUGAGAAGGUGUUGAGGCAGAUGCGCAAGCUGCCCUGGCAGGACCCUGAGAUCAAGAGCUACCUGAUCUGCUGUAUGGUCAACAUCUGGAACGUCAAGUACAACAGCAUCCACUGUGUCGCCAACCUGCUGGCGGGUCUGGUGGCCUACCAGGAGGACGUGGGCAUCCACGUGGUGGAUGGAGUCCUGGAGGACAUUAGACUAGGCAUGGAGGUUAACCAGCCCAAGUUCAAUCAGCGGCGGAUCAGCAGCGCCAAGUUUCUAGGCGAGCUUUACAACUACAGAAUGGUGGAGUCUGCCGUCAUAUUCCGCACCCUUUUCUCCUUCAUCUCCUUUGGGGUGAACCAGGAUGGCAGCCCCAGUUUGCUGGAUCCUCCGGAGCACUUGUUCCGCAUCCGUCUGGUCUGCACCCUGCUGGACACGUGCGGCCAGUACUUCGACCGCGGCUCCAGCAAGAGGAAGCUUGACUGUUUCCUCAUCUACUUCCAGCGGUACAUCUGGUGGAAAAAGAGUGCCGACGUUUGGACCAAGGAUCACCCAUUCCCCAUUGACAUCGAUUAUAUGAUCAGUGAGACCCUGGAGCUGCUCCGACCCAAAAUGAGGCUCAGCAGCUCCCUGGACGAGGCCACCAAGCAAGUGGCCGACCUGGAGAGGGAGGUGCUGGUCAAACUAGGUCUUGCCAUGGAAAAGGACGGUCGAACCAGUGCCAUGAGCGAAGGUGAAGGUCUGGAUGAGGAGGAUGACGACGACGAUGAGGAGGGAGGUGCUGAGACAGAGGAGCAGUCGGGCAAUGAGAGUGAGAUGAACGAACAAGAGGAGGAUGAGGGAUCUGAGAAUGAGGAAGAAGAGCGAGAGGAAGAUGAAGAGGAGAACACAGACUACCUGACGGACUCCAAUAAAGAGAAUGAGACAGAUGAGGAGAACACUGAGGUGACCAUCCGCGGUGGUGGGCUCAAGCAUGUUGCCUGUGCUGAGGACGAGGACUUCAUCCAGGCUCUGGAUAAGAUGAUGCUGGAGAACUUGCAGCAGCGGAGCGGUGAAACGGUCAAAGUUCACCAGCUGGAUGUAGCCAUUCCCCUGCAGCUGAAGAGUCAGCUGAAGAAGGGCGGGUCUGGACCGCCGUGCAUUGGGGAGGGAGACGGCGACAUCUCUGACACCAUGCAGUUUGUCAUGCUUACACGCAAGGGGAACAAGCAGCAGUACAAGAUCUUGAACGUUCCGCUGUCGUCCCACCUGGCCGCCAACCACUUCAACCAGCAGCAGGCGGAGCAGGAAGAACGUAUGAGGAUGAAGAAGCUGACGCUGGACAUUAAUGAGCGGCAGGAGCAGGAGGAUUACCAGGAGAUGAUGCAGUCUCUGGCUCAGCGUCCAGCUCAAGCCAACACCAACCGGGAGCGCCGACCCCGAUACCAGCACCCUAAAGGCGCGCCCAACGCAGACCUCAUCUUCAAGACUGGAGGAAGGAGACGCUGACAGGAGUCCGGCGCCCUACUACGCAAGCAUGGGAGCGACGAUGAGCGAGAAGGUCGACAGCCAGAGAGGGAAGCCUGUCCAACAGGGACCGAACCCUCCAGGCAGACGCCCCCAGACGCUGGGCAGACAAAAAUCCCCUGACCUGAACACACUGAGACGGACCGGACUGCAGCUGCGGUCAAGAGGUCAGGGACACACACAGAUGGCUCUCUUCUUCUUUGUUUUGUUUUUUUUUCUUUCCCUGAGACGACAAAAGAACCAAACGACACCGACGGUUUACUCAACCAGCGUGGAGGCGGGAGGUUCGACACAACUGCGUGAGAGGAGUGAAACACCUGCAAGCGCACGCUCUCGACCAAGCUUGUGUUUGUGGACUUGACUGGGAACAGAUCAGUUGGACUUAUCAUGGCAGCUCUGGGUCAUCACCAUGUAAACAGUUGCAGUGACAGAAAACAGCAUCUUACAAUUUCACGUUUUGCUGUUGGUCUGGCUUCGAGUAGCGGUGAGCCAUUUUGCUGAGUCAUCACUGGAUUAUAUAUGAAGGCAGGAAAUGUUUUGGGGACUCCUUGUCUUUUCUGCUCUGUGAUCAGUGAGUGAUUCUGAGGCACGGAGCUAGCAUCUUUCAUCCAGUUCAGAAAAGGCACCGUAUGUGUUUUGCUAUGUUUUAGCAUCCUCUUCUUACCUUGGAGUUAAAAUGCUCAAAGCUUUUUAGUUCACUGAAUGUCCACCAGGUCCUCCUUUGAAAAUUGACAAGCAAGGCUACUUUUCUCUUAACAUCUUUUUGACUCCAUAUUGAGACUGUUAACCUUUUCCACAUGAUUUGGCUAAGCUGUGCUAACCUUUCUUAGCAGAUGGAUGCGUUCAGUCUCCGGGUCCCUUCACUCAUCAUUAAGUGGACUAAACCUUACAAAUGAAAACGGAUGUCUAUUCCAACAUUUGAGAUAUUUCAAUUUUGUAUUAAGUAAAUACUAUUGAAUUACGAGCCAAGAUUGUCCGCUAAUUGUUUUUGUUGUGCGCCAAAAUCACCUUCUUCUGUCUAUCGGUUUUCAAACUGGCAUAAUGAUUACAAAAUACUGAUACCAUGUACUCUGGAGUAGUUGGAAUUAAGUUGAACUUGAAGUUGACCGUGUGUUCACAUGUUUGUAAAAUGGUGGCAGCUUGGACGCUGGUGAUUUCACAGGGUCUGUUUUCACACUCAAAAUGUGGUAUAUAAAUUACUUUUCUCCCUCGGAUUAAUUUGAUAAUAAACUCUGUUUGUUUUCAUAUCUCAAAGUUUCAGCUUAAAUAUUAUCAUUUUACAGUUAGGAUGAUUCCAACUUGCCUGCUUUCUUUCAAAUGUGUCCUGUGUAACGUGGUUAAAGCUUUUUUCUCCUCAUUUGUUUGAACAAAUGAAUAAAAAUUGUGCCUGAACUUCUUUUUUAGAGUGACUCUAUUAUCAUAGAAAUACAGUAUAUAUAUAUUCUAUGUUGAUUUCUGUGCUGACUGCUUCCUCUGUUGUGUGCAAAUGGAUUGUUUCUUGCAGAUAAAAACAAUAAAUGUGAAGACUGCCCCUGUUGUGUUGUCGCAGAGGAGGUUGGGUUGUGGUAUUUGUUGGCAAGGGUGUGUUGUGGAGUUUAAUUACAAGGUGGUAAAACCUAAGUAUUUCCUGUUGGGUCACCUCUUAAUCUUGCUUAUGUACAUCACAAUCCGAAGCUGAGUGACACACAAAAGGACGAUUUUCUCCAAGCAUUGCUGAAUUUUAAGUGUCCGCUGCUCAGGUUUGUCUAACUCUGUAGACAGUUGGCCUCUGUGCUCACACAAGGAGUCCAGUGUGGCGGAAAUGUUAGACAAACAUAAGUGACUUGUAAACACGCCCUGCUGAGGAGUGCAACGUCAUUUCAAGGAAUAAUAUACAGGAAGCCAAUUUUGACAGAACACGUCACCAAUUAUUGAGGAAUAUGCACCAUAUUUGCACAGUAAUAGUGUUCCUACUUGUUUGUCCUGUAGUGUGAGGUACAAUUUCA